CGUUGUAUACAGGAAACAUGGAUUAUCGAGCAUUCCCGCUUCCACGAACCUUACCAAGUAUGCAUGCUCUAUUGAGAGAAUGCUGUUAUCGUAUACAUCGUGGAGGCGGUGCGUCCGUAUACUGACUAGCCUUUGAGAUUGAUUGCACGAUCACUGCUUCACUCUAUAUCUGCCGUGAUCGUGUAUUCUGAAUCAAGUCAGUGAACACAAAGAGGGGGUGUCAUGCAUUAUUUGAGGGGGUGUAAUACCAGAAAAACCACUAUUUAAAGGCUAGAACGAAACAAAAUCCAUGAAACAUUGCAACAAUACAAGCUACAUUACUUUUUCCAAAGAAGAAACAACACUUUGUCUUUCGUAAUUUCCAUCAUGUCUACAAACGUUUUCGUCAAUGACGAGUAUGAGCAUGACGACCGCUGGACAGCAGUCGAUGCCUACGGAGUCUCCAAUCUCCACCCCAAAGACGACGCCAACACCAUCCUCAACGGGGCACUCGAGCAUAUUCAGAACAGCGAUAUGCCAGAUGACUCCACAUAUCCAGCGUUCGGGAAGUUCCUAGCUCUCCACGCCCGGUCGGUCAAAGCCAAACACAUCCUCGAGGUUGGGCUUCUGGGAGGUUACACCGCCAUCUGGUACCUGUUGCAGAUUCCCGAAGCCAAAGUGACGGCUCUAGAAAUCAACCCCCAUCACUCAAAAGUGGCCGGGGAAAAUGCGCAGAGGGCCGGCGUCGCGGAUCGGCUCGAGAUCAUCACCGGCCCGGGGAAAGAAUCUCUUGCUAAAAUCAAGACCGAAGUUGCCGAGGGGAAGCGCCCGAAAUUCGACUUCACCUUCAUCGAUGCCGACAAGGAGAAUAAUUGGGCGUACUUUGAUUAUGCGGCUGAUCUGAGCAACUCGGGCGCCCCGAUCGUUGUCGACAACGUGAUUCGCAAAGGGUGGAUUGUCCUCCCCGAACACAUGGACAAGUCCCCUGUCGCGGGCGCAAGAGAGGUGAUUGAGAAUGCAGGGAAGGAUUCUCGUGUCGAGUCUUGCCUCAUGCAGACUGUGUCGGAGAAAAACUACGACGGAUAUCUCUAUGCGGUUGUCAAAUAA